GAAAAACAUUUCAAGUGCCAAUGUGCGUCUGACCCUCAACAUUAGGUGCAAAAAAGCACCGUUUCCGUAGGUGUAUUAGUAAAAUAUUGCGAAUGCGAAAUAUGUCCUUCACUAAAACCCAUAACCCCAAGGCAGGUGAAAUAGAGAAACCAAAAGAAAAACUUUGCCCAGAAUUCAGAAAGAAAAAAGAGAGGGAAGAAUGAAGAGUAUACCUUUGCUUCUCAUGGGUUGUGGAGGUGUUGGCCGUCAGCUCCUUCAACACAUUCUGUCCUGCAGAUCUCUUCACGCCAGUCAGGGAGUCCACUUGCGUGUGGUGGGAGUAUGCGACAGUAAAUCAUUAGUUGUUGCAUCUGAUGUACUCACCAGGGAAUUAAAUGAUCAAUUUUUAUCUGAAGUUUGCCGGCUUAAGUUGAAUGGUUCACCUCUUUCCACACUUGGUAAUUGUGAUGAAUGCCUAGUAUACUCGAAUUUGGAGUCAAAAAGGAAAGCUAUAGAUAUUGCCGCUCUUCUGGGUAAAUCAACAGGUUUGGCUUUUGUAGAUUGCUCUGCAAGUAUUGAUACUAUUGGCGUGCUGAAUCGAGUCGUUGAUCUAGGAUGUUGCAUUGUCCUGGCAAAUAAGAAGCCUCUCACUUCUACGCUAGAAGACUAUGACAAAUUGGUUUCCUUUCCACGCCGGAUUAGGCAUGAAUCAACUGUUGGUGCUGGCCUUCCUGUUAUAGCAUCCUUAAAUCGGAUACUCUCAUCAGGAGACCCUGUUCACCGUAUAAUCGGGAGUUUGAGUGGUACAUUAGGAUAUGUAAUGAGUGAGGUCGAAGAUGGAAAACCUCUGAGUGAAGUUGUUAAGUCUGCUAAAAGUUUGGGCUUCACUGAACCAGAUCCUCGCGAUGACCUUAGUGGGAUGGAUGUUGCAAGGAAGGCUUUGAUUCUUGCUCGACUUCUUGGAAGGCGGAUUAACUUGGAUAGCAUUAAAAUUGAGAGCUUGUAUCCUGAUGAAAUGGGACCUGAUGUUAUGUCAGUUGAAGAGUUUUUAGAUGGCGGCGUUAUGUUACUUGAUAAUGACAUUCAAGAAAGAGUUAAAAGGGCAUCUUUGAAGGGGAAUGUGCUCCGCUAUGUUUGUGUAAUUGAGGACUCAAGGUGUGCGGUUGGCAUUCAAGAACUGCCUAAGAAUUCUGCUUUGGGGAGACUCAGAGGAAGUGAUAAUGUGUUGGAGAUAUACAGUAGAUGUUAUAGCGAACAACCAUUGGUCAUUCAAGGUGCUGGAGCUGGUAAUGAUACCACAGCAGCUGGUGUGCUUGCUGAUAUCCUGGAUAUUCAAGAUUUAUUCCCUUGAAAAGAGUGGGCAAUUCACCUAUAAGAUAGAAGGGAGUUAACUGAUGCACCACCAAGUCAUGCAGCAAAGAGAUGCCAGUUUUUGAAAAAAAUUGAUUGGAUCAACUGAGAGUUAGCAAUGCAGCUGCCACAAGAGUUUCAUUUAAAGGUAUUACUUGAAAGUAAAUUAUGUAAAACUGAAUUUUAAGAAUAGGCAUUAUGUAAAACUGAUCUUUUUUGCAGUUGAAGAGAAAUUCACUGGCAAUAUCAAACUCAGUUUGUCUUCA